AAGGAAACGGGGUGGGGCACACCUGGAUGUAGGGCGCGGCUAGUCAACAAGGAAAUGGGGUGUGGUUUCAUCUUUACGUAGGACAUACUCUGGGAGAGAUAAUCGAAUGAUCCAAUUUCCGCUUUUAAGUAACAGAUAGCACUACAAUAGUUUUACAUUUUUGGCCCAGAAAUUUUCGAAUCAAAAUUAUCACUCCAAAUUUGUUGAAUAUAUAAUACGAGGAAGAAUAAAGCAAUGUAAUAUUAAUAUAUGAAUAGUCUUUUAGCAAAGGAGGAAAGUAAUUGCUGUUUUCAUAAUAGAAGGUGAAUAGAAGCGUGGCAGAAAGAUGCAUUGUGAGCAUGACUGUACCUGUUGCCCAACAAAUGCGAGUCAAUCUCUGGAUGAGAUGGAUUUUGAAAGGGGCAUAUGGUAUGUAGCACAACAUGGAGACAUACAGAACGUGCGUAAGCAUUUAAAUCGUGGAGAUGUUGAUCAAAGGCAUACUGGGUAUACUGCGCUACACUAUGCAGCUAGAAACGGUCACUUGGAUGUAUGCAAACUUCUCAUAGACAGUGGAGCCAAUAUUAAUGCAGUGACCAAUGGUGGCGUUACUGCUUUAAGUCGAGCAGCUUCAACAGGUCACAAAGAGAUAGUAGAAUACCUCUUAGGUAAAAAUGCUGAUCCAUUCAUCCAAGAUUCUGAUGGCAAAACUGCACUUCAUAAAGCAGCAGAAAAUGGCCACCUCCAUAUUUGCAGGAUAUUACUGUCUGUUGCUGAAAAAUUAAAGGACAUCGAGGAUAAAAGAGGGAAUAGGCCAAAUAUCGAUGUGUUAUUGCUUCAACAGUUUACUGUAUAAAUAUUUUUCUAAUAAACAUAUCACAAAGUUUUUUUAUAAAUACUUAUGACUAGAAUAUGUAACAAUACCUAAUAUGAGAUCAAUUGUUUUGAUUAAAUCUAAAG